AUGCAUGAGGGUCGGCCAGCGACCGUUCGUCUUCUGGAUGGCGAGUUUCUGGAGAUUUCGGUAAUCGCCAGACUGAGCGUGAACGACGUGCUGACGCUCGCCGCGCAUCAUUGCCGCAUCACUCAGCCAGACGCCCGCUUCUUCGGUCUGGCGUUCAUUGACGACAAGGAUCACUAUCACUGGCUACAACCUGGGAAAAAUCUACUCGAUUACGAAUUUCCAAGUGACAAAGCAGUGAUCCAGCUGACGCAUAAUGUUCGGUAA